AUGGGUAAUUAAUGCACUGCAAAGAAAAAAUAAAAGAAAAAACAAUUUCGUCUUGAUGACAGAUUAGGUUUUAAUGAUUUAAAUGAUGAAGAUCUGAUCUAGAUAAGCUAAUUAAUUAAAAAAGAACACUUGAACUCAUAAAAAUUAAAAUUAGGAUUAAGUAUAAAUAAAGUUGGUAACCAAGGAUUAAUGAGUUUAGGUGAAGCUGUAGGUCAAUGUAUAUAACUUAAAGAAUUGAAUUUGGACUUGGCAGCAAAUAAAUAUGAUUAAAAUGGAGUCAAGAUGUUUUGUGACCAUAUUUCUAAUUGCAGAGAUCUAACUUCUUUAACCUUAUCAUUUAGCUAUUGUCAAUUGUAAGAAGAGGACUUUAAUUAUAUGUAAUAAGUAUUUUCACAAUUUGAGCAGCUUACCUAUCUAAGCUUAACAUUCAGUUAUAGUAUUGUCAAAGAUGGAGCCAAGCAUUUAGGAUAAUUAAUUUCAAUGCUUAGUAAAUUAGAGUCUUUUUAUUUUGAUCUAAGAGAAAGUUAAUUGACAAACUAAGGUCUAAUAGGAUUAGCAGAUGGAAUAAUUUCAAAUCACUUAAAGCUCACCAAAAUAGUUUUAAUUUUAGAAUACAAUCAAAUUAGUGAAGUAAGUGCUGUAAGGCUUAGUUAAGCGAUAUCUAUGUGUCAAAAUCUAAUAGAGUUAACAUUAUUUCUUAAAGCGAAUAGAGUUGGAAUGAAUGGAGCUCAGUAACUUGGAAUUGGAAUAGGAUAAUGCCCUAACCUCAAACGGUUUAAUUUAGAGUUAAUGUAUAAUCAUUUUGGAGAAGAGGGAUUUAUCUUGUUGGCAAAAGGUAUCAGCAGAAGCAAAAGUUUGAUUUAAUUUAGUCUAGAUAACAGCAUUGUCCUGCAAGUUACACUUGAUAAAUUUAGAAUGAUUAGCAAAAAAAUAUAAAAACUAGUGACAUAUAAAGUUAAUUAUCGAAGAUACUGA